AUGAGGGGGGGAUUGUGGCAACUUGGGCAAUUGGUCACACGUCGUCUUGCUCAUGGAGAUAAGAAGGCUGUUGCUCGUCGAUGUUUUGCUUCGGAAGCUGAGCUGAAAAAGACAGUGUUUCAUGACUUCCAUGUUGCUCAUGGUGGGAAGAUGGUUCCAUUUGCUGGAUGGAGCAUGCCAAUCCAGUACAAGGACUCAAUCAUGGACUCAACCAUAAACUGUAGGCAGAAUGGUAGCCUUUUUGAUGUUUCCCACAUGUGUGGGCUGAGCCUCAAAGGGAAGGAUGCCGUCCCCUUCCUUGAAAAGCUAGUCAUUGCUGAUGUUGCUGGGCUUGCCCCUGGAACUGGGACACUGACUGUUUUCACAAAUGAAAAGGGAGGGGCAAUUGAUGAUUCAGUAAUUACCAAGGUGACGGAUAACCAUAUAUAUUUGGUUGUGAAUGCUGGCUGCAGAGAUAAAGAUCUGGCUCAUAUUGAGGAGCAUAUGAAGGCAUUCAAGGCCAAAGGUGGUGAUGUGUCAUGGCACAUACAUGAUGAGAGAUCUCUUCUUGCACUGCAGGGUCCUCUUGCUGCCCCCGUUCUUCAACACCUCACAAAAGAGGAUUUGAGCAAGAUAUACUUUGGGGAGUUCCAUGUGUUGGACAUAAAUGGCUCACAGUGCUUUCUUACUCGAACGGGGUAUACUGGAGAAGAUGGAUUUGAGAUAUCAGUUCCCUCAGAGCAUGGUGUAGAUCUUGCCAAGGCAAUACUGGAAAAAUCUGAAGGGAAGAUAAGAUUGACAGGAUUGGGUGCAAGAGAUAGUCUGCGACUUGAAGCUGGAUUGUGCUUAUAUGGGAAUGACAUGGAACAGCACACUACACCAAUUGAAGCAGGCCUCACAUGGGCUAUAGGGAAGAGGAGGAGAGCAGAAGGUGGUUUUCUAGGAGCUGAUGUUAUCCUGAAACAGCUUGAAGAAGGUCCUUCCAUCAGGCGUGUUGGUUUCAUUUCUUCUGGUCCACCCCCCAGAAGCCACAGUGAGAUUCAAGAUGAAGGAGGGAAGAACAUUGGGGAAAUCACCAGUGGUGGAUUCAGUCCUUGCCUCCAGAAGAACAUAGCUAUGGGAUAUGUGAAAUCUGGAUUGCACAAGGCAGGCACCAAAGUAAAGAUUAUCAUUCGAGGAAAAGCCAAUGAAGGAGUAGUUUCCAAAAUGCCAUUUGUACCAACAAAAUACUAUAAGCCAUCCUAA